UUCCCGUAGAGGGGUCCAACCAAUUUUCUGCUCCCGCGGACUCCCACCCAAAUUUAAUUUCAGUUUCGAAUUUCGCAGCAAUCUAGGUCUUCCAUAAAAUAUAAAUUAAAUAAAAUAUAAAUAAGGAUUGAACCUAUACAUACAGAAAAUUACUUGUAUCUAAACUCGGAAGGCAUCUACAGAGUAGAGAGGGUAGAGCGUCGAUCUGGUCUCUUCGUUCCAACAAAUUGUAUUCGUAGGUUUCAAAAUUUUCAAUCUUUUAUUGGCUUUCUCGUCUACUUUUGGAGAAGGAUCACAAAUUCACCUAGACAUAGAUGCCAAAAUUGUUUCGGUUUCUGUUCGUCUGUUUUUCCUUUUGUUCGACAAUUUUCGAUUAAUGCGUCUUUAUUUUACUAUUUAUUCCCUGUUUCCUAGCUGUCGCUGCUUCGAGAUUCAGACUCGUAGGGUUCGGAUCAGAAUUGAAGUGAAUUUUACAGUUUGACGUGUCUCGAGAUUUUCGUGAAAACGAGAGAAAUAAUUUUCCUAUGGUGAUUUGUCUGCCGGAAAGUUUUAGGGUUCUGAUUUCGGUUUAUACGCAAUUACGCGAUAUGUAGUUUGUGAGAUUCACUCCGUGCGCACGCAUUGUGUGAUUAAUCUCGUCCUAGAAUGAAGCUAUGGUUGUGAAUCAAAUCACAAAAAUCGGAAUGCCGAAGCUGAAACGGUGCAAAGUGGCGGAAAACGAUGAUAUGUUUUCACCGAAAAGACUGAGAACCAAUGAGCUUGUCGCAGGUCUAACCAAGGAGGAGUUCGAGGAUUGCAGCGCCUGUUUAUCUGGUUUAGGUUGCAGAGGGGGUUCCACCUAUGAUGGGGAAGCUGGAUCGAAUAUGAUGACUUGUGACGCAGCUCAACUGUUGCCAGGUAUGAAGAAGGGGUUAGAGGUAAAUAAAGCCCCUCUUUUCAAGUCCUCCAGGGGGCGUGUUCAGAUGCUUCCUUCUAAAUUCAAUGAUUCAGUUCUGCACUCAUGGAAGGAAGAACGAUGUGGAGCAGAAGAUGAAGAGCUCUGUGUUAACAACGUAAAUCCUACCGCCAAUAUGGAGCAAAAAGAAGACAAAAACUUUAGCUUUGAGCACGUGCCUAAGACAAAAUCAGUUGGUAGUCACGAGGAAGGAGGGGAUGGCUAUACAAGUCACACAGAUUUUCACAAUAUAGUGUAUUCAAGUUCAAAAAGUUCCUUGUCAUCUGUUAGUGGAUGUGGGGUUUCUUCAUUUGUUGAGUCUCAACCAAAGGUUAAGACAGGAUUUGCAAGGUUCGAGAAACACACAAAGGGGAAGGCUGAAAAGAAUGAUUUUUAUGAGCCAGCAAACUUUGUUUUGGGUGAUAUAGUCUGGGCGAAAUGCGGAAAGAAAUAUCCUGCUUGGCCUGCUAUUAUCAUUGAUCCACUAUGGCAAGCACCUAACUCUGUUCUCAGGGCUUGUGUUCCAAAUGCAGUUUGUGUGAUGUUCUAUGGGUACUCAAGAAAUAGACAAAGGGAUUAUGGAUGGAUAAAAUCUGGAAUGAUCUUUCCUUUUCAAGAGUACAUGGAGAGGUUUCAGGGACAGACUAACUUGUUUGGCAGCAAGCAAGCUGAUUUCCAGGAAGCAAUAGAAGAGGGAGUUUUGGCUUCCCAGGGCCACUUAACUAGAGGUUCUGAAAAUGUGCAAGGGACACCAUCACAAGCAAACCAAUCAGAGGUUGCAGAGGACACAGGAUCCAAUCAGGAACUAGAGUGUUGUUCCUCUCCCAAGGAUGCAUCUAAGAGGAAAGAAACUCAAUCUUGUCGAAGCUGUGGUUUAGUUCUGCCAUGCAGAACAAUGAAGAAAUCUAAAGACAAAGGUGCUCAAGUGCAAUUUCUUUGUGCACACUGUAUUAAGCUAAGGAGGUCAAAGCAAUAUUGUGGAAUCUGCAAGAAAAUUUGGCAUCACUCUGAUGGUGGGGACUGGGUAUGUUGUGAUGGUUGCAAUAUUUGGAUGCACGCUGAGUGCACCGGUAUUUCCAGCAAUGGUUUUAAGGAUCUGUCGAGCACAGAUUAUUUCUGUCCUGAAUGCAAACUUAAAUGUAGUCAGACUUCUGUGGGCUUGGAACAAAGUAAACAAAAAGCCAGCCUUUCAAGCAGCCCCAGGGAGUACAAACAAACAGAGUCACCUGGAAAGGUUGAAGUUGUCUGCAUGAGAAUGGAAGGAAUUUAUCUCCCAAAUCUUCAUUUAGUACAGUGCAAGUGUGGUUCAUGUGGGACAAGGAAACAAACACUUAAUGAAUGGGAACGACAUGCAGGAUCCAGAGCAAAAAAAUGGAAGCACAGUGUUAAAGUGAAGGGAUCUAUGAUAACUCUUGAAAAAUGGAUAUUGGACCAUAGCGUUUCUUCAUUGAAGUUAGAUCUUCCGCAAUUGUUAGCUUUUCUGCAUGAGAAGUAUACACCUGUUAAUGCGAAGUGGACUUCAGAGCGUUGUGCUAUUUGUAGAUGGGUUGAAGAUUGGGAUUAUAACAAGAUAAUUAUAUGCAACAGGUGUCAAAUAGCUGUCCAUCAAGAAUGCUAUGGAGCAACUGAUGUUCAAGAUUUUGCUUCGUGGGUCUGCCGAGCAUGUGAAACCCCUGAUAUUGAAAGGGAAUGUUGUCUUUGUCCAAUAAAAGGGGGUGCGCUUAAGCCAACUGAUCUUGACAACUUAUGGGUUCAUGUUUCUUGUGCUUGGUUUCGACCUGAGGUUGCCUUCUUAAGUGUGCAGAAAAUGGAGCCUGCCAGUGGCAUUCUUAGGAUUCCUCCAGAUUCCUUUGUUAAGAUAUGCACAAUAUGUGAACAAAGUCAUGGUUCCUGUACACAAUGCUGCAAGUGCUCCACUUCAUUUCAUGCAAUGUGUGCUCUCAGAGCUGGAUACCAUGUGGAAUUGAAGUGCUUUGACGAGAAUGGAUUGCAGCUAACAAAAUGGGUAUCAUAUUGUGCCAUCCAUAGGACCCCAGAUGCAGACAAUGUUGUAGUAAUGAGAACCCCCUUGGGGGUAUUCUCUACUGGGAAUGUGCUGCAGAAACAGAAUGAAGAACAUAAUAUGAGGGGUUCAAGACUUAUUUCAUCUAAGCAUCUUGAACUUCCAGAUACAUCAGAUCAAGAGACCACUGAAUUUGAUCCUUUUUCUGCUGCAAGGUGUCGCAUCUUCAAAAGGUCUUGGAAGAAGAAGAGGGAUGAACAACAGGCAGUAUUUCAUCGACUUAUGGGGCCAAGGCAUCAUCCAUUGGAUGAGAUAGAUUUUUUAACUUCACGCAGUGAAGUAGCAGAUUGCAAGGGCUUUUCAACAUUCAUAGAGCGCCUUAGUCAUCUACAGAAAUCUGAAAAUCUCCGGGUCUGUUUUGGUAAAUCCGGGAUACAUGGAUGGGGUGUUUUUGCUCGAAGAAACAUUCUCGAAGGAGAAAUGGUAUUUGAAUAUCGUGGAGAGAAAGUGAGGCGCAGUGUUGUUGACCUGAGGGAGGCGAGGUACCAACGUGAAGGCAAAGAUUGUUACCUAUUCAAAAUCAGUGAUGAAGUAGUCAUUGAUGCCACCAACAAAGGAAAUAUUGCUCGCCUAAUUAAUCAUUCAUGCAUGCCCAACUGCUAUGCAAGGAUUAUUAGUGUAGGCGAAGAGGAUAGCCGAAUCGUUCUCAUUGCCAGGGCUAAUGUUUCAGCUGGAGAUGAAUUAACGUAUGAUUACUUGUUUGAUCCUGAUGAGCAUGAUGAGAAAAGAGUACCCUGCCUAUGUAGAGCUCCCAACUGCCGCAAAUUUAUGAACUAAGUCAACAAAUGUACAGAUUUUUUUUUGAGUAUAUAUGUUUGAUUUUUCCCAUAUAAGUAGGCUCAUUUUCGAUGUACCCAUUAUAUUGACCCCUAUCACAAAUGUUGCCCAACCUUAACUAGAUUGGGUUUGUUGUAGACGGUAAUGUUGAAUGGUUAAAUACAAAUUAGUGUGCUAUUUUGCUGGCAAUCUGGCAUUGUGUAUUACUGUAUCCCCCCCCCCCCCCCCCCAAAUAGCCGAGAUGAUGAAAUGUACGCGCUUAUAUUAUCUCAAAAUACGCAGUUAUAUACCCACUGAGAAAG